UGAGCGAGGCAUUGGACAGAGCAACAUACGCCAUGGCUGCUCCAUUACUGCGGCAGCACCUUCUGCCAUUGGGUGGCCUCGUCGCCGGUCUGGCUGUCCUACCCAAGCGCAGCGCAUUUGCAGAAGAGCCAGCAGCGGAUCCCGUGAAAGAGAUUCGAAAGAGAAAGUCCAUUUAUGACUACGACGAGCCUUCACCGCGCGAAAUUGCCCACACGACUCCCCCUCCAGCCUCUGGCAUAACCACCAAACCCGAACCAGAGCGACACGAACAGAGCGCGACUCCUCGACGAACAACACCCACCGAUAAGCUCGCCGCCCAAAUUCGAAACGGUCGUCUGGCGCUACACGACUACGCAGUCCGUGCCGAAGAUGCAGUCAACAAUGGCAUGACCCGCUUCAUGGACGCGGAGCAUAGCUUCACCUCGACCAUUGCCUCCCUCGCCCCGCCCAAAGAGAGCAACGAGAAGCUCCUCCCAGGCGGUAUAUACGUGCUCGUCGCAGCAAUGGCCGGCAGCAUCGUUUCACGGAACCGCAACAUUCUCCUCCGGUUCGCGACGCCCAUCAUAACAGGAGUCGUCACAGCCAACUACGUCGUCCCACGAACAACAGAGAACGUCGGCAACUUGGCAUGGCAUUACGAGAAGAAGUUCCCCGUGAUUGCGGAUAAUCACAUUAGAGCCAGAGAUGGCAUCAGGCAUUUCAUUGAGACCGGGAAGGCGCACAGCCAGAUGGGAUUAGCUAUGGCAGAAGAAAAAGUGCAAGGUGUGAGGGAGAGUGUACAGGAUUGGGUGAAGAAGGGGAGGUAAAGCCAACCAAUAAAAAGGAACAUUCAGGCCAGAUGCUGCUACUUUGUGGGUAAGUGGCGGAAGUGUAGAACAGGCUGACUGUAUAGAUAAGCCCGGUAUUUUCUUUGACGUUCACAUGACCUGACCUGCCAAUCUGGCUCUUCUAUGAAGCUCUAUGUGGAUGAAGGCAGAUGGACUCCUGAGACCGGGAUCCGUUGCAGAUAUGGCUCGAGCGCUCCUUCUCAGUGGCUACCGAACCUAGGACGAGCACCGCUGCCACCGUAUCCAUCGCCUCAUCUCCACCCACGACUGCAGAGCCCAUUCGCUAUGCCAGGACCAGGAAACGCAAGUGUCUCCUGUGUUCGUUA